AUGACGAAAGGUAUUUUUGUUGUUUUUGAAGGGCUGGAUAGGUCUGGAAAAACAACGAUGGUUAAUGCAUUGCAUGAAAGGAUGUCGAAAGAUAUGGUGAUUAGGAAGAUUGGGUUUCCCAACAGAUCCACAGCACUUGGAAGGGUAAUUGAUGGAUACCUGAGGAAACAGAUCAAACUUGAGGAUGAGACAAUACACUUGGUAUUCAGUGCAGACAGGUAUGAACACAAGGAAAUGAUUGAACAGCUGAGAAAAGAAAACGUGGUGCUGUGUGACAGAUAUUCUAUGAGUGGCGUGGUCUAUUCAGCAGCCAAAGGGCUAGAUCUCCAAUGGUGUGAAAUGACUGAGGAGUUGCUUCCAAAGCCCGAUUUGACGGUUUUCAUAGAUGUGCCAACUGAUGAGCUAUGCAAGCGAAAGGGCUUUGGAGAGGAAGUUUAUGAUGACAUGAAGUUUCAGAAGAAAGUUUAUUCACUUUAUGCAUCUCUACUUAAAAAAGAAAAAAACGUUUUGAUUAUUGAUGGAACAUGUGCUGUUGAAGAUAACAUAGAGAAAGUAAUGCAUGCGAUAAUGGUAAAUAAAAAUAGCAUUGCCUAA